AUGGCCGCGCAAUCCAAGCUCGUUAUCUUCUCCUACCUUCGUCCCUCUCGCCAGAAGUUCAAGCUCCUCUUAUUCCGACUCAUCAUCUUUUACCUACGGUAUCGCACCAAAAUCUCUCGCCUUGUCUACUUGACUCUCUUCUUCGCCCUCCUCAAUCGAAUACGCGCUGCCAUCUCAGAGCAAAAGGCGGCAGCUCUUUCGCAGCUAUCACGAAAAUAUAAUUACAUUCCCUUGGGAAAUGGAGAUCCAGCCUCCCGAUCCAAGGUUGAGCUUAACCGCGAGUUCUUCCGCAAUUUAUACCGCCUUCUCAAAAUUUGUAUACCUGGAUGGCGUAGCAAAGAGAUGCGAUUAUUACUGAGUCAUAGUAUGUUCUUGGUAAUCAGAACCCUAAUUUCGCUCAAGGUUGCCGCCAUGGACGGUGCGCUUGUCAGUAGUCUUGUGAGAGGCAAGGGGCGAGAUUUCUUGAUCGGAAUCUUUUGGUGGAUGACCAUUGCUGUACCUGCCACAUUUACAAAUUCUAUGCUCUCAUACCAUCAAUGUCAACUCUCCCUGCGAUACCGAACACGCCUGACGAACCAUAUCCACAAUGAAUACCUGAGCAAUAUGACUUUCUACUCACUUAGUGCCCUAGACGAUCGAAUAAAGAAUGCAGAUCAAUUAAUCACAGUUGAUAUCAGCAAAUUUUCUAGCAGUCUCGCCCAACUGUACGGCAAUUUAGCCAAACCAACUUUAGAUAUGUUGAUCUACAACUAUUACCUGUCAAAAAGUGUUGGCGGAGAAGGAUUAUUCUUCAUGUCACUUCUCGUCCAAUUAUCGGCAAAUUUAAUGCGUGCGCUGACUCCGCCUUUCGGAAAAUUUGUAGCGGAUGAGGCGCGAUUAGAAGGUGAAUUUCGCUUUGAGCAUUCAAGAGUCAUAGACUACAGUGAAGAGAUUGCCCUAUACCAUGGUCAUGAGACGGAAAAAGACGCGUUGAAUAAAGGCUACUUUACAUUAAUCAAACACGUCAACUAUAUGCUCAGGCGGCGCCUAACGUUUGGAGUGGUUGAAGACUUUAUUAUCAAAUAUGUGUGGGGAGCAUUAGGCCUUCUGCUCUGCAGCGUGCCCGUUUUCUUUAGGAUUCCUGGAUCCAAAUCUCAAACUAUGGGAGAUAGAUCAGAAAGCUUUGUGACAAACCGUCGACUACUUCUCUCUAGCUCUGAUGCAUUUGGGCGCGUCAUGUUUUCCUACAAAGGUAUCACUGAGCUUGCUGGAUAUACUUCGCGCGUAGCUUCACUUAUUGAGGUAAUGUCUGAAAUAAAGGAGGAACGCUACCAAAAAACAUUGGUAUCUGAUUCCAGUGCUACCGACCUGGCGCAGAUGAUGAAGAAUAGGGGGACCGUAAUCGAAAGUGAUGAUAUUGAAUUUGUUGAUGUGCCAAUACUUACUCCUGGAGGCUCGGUGCUUGUGCCGGCUCUUUCAUUCUCCAUGAAGCCCGGUACACAUCUUUUGGUUCUUGGUCCUAAUGGUUGUGGCAAAUCAUCUCUCUUUCGUAUCCUUGGAGGUCUUUGGCCCGUCUACGGUGGUACGGUCCGCAAGCCCCCCCUAUCACAGGUCUUUUAUGUUCCUCAACGACCAUACCUCUCGGCUGGUUCCCUCCGCCAGCAAAUCAUUUAUCCAGAUUCGCUGCGCGACAUGCGUAGCAAGGGCGUUACGGAUAAUGACCUCUCGGAUAUUAUGAAAAUACUGGACCUCGAUCAUUUGGUUGCAAGUUUUCCCCAAGGCUGGGAUGCUGAGGCAGAAUGGCGAGAUGUGCUGAGUGGUGGUCUACAGCAGCGCGUGGCGAUGGCAAGACUCUUCUACAAUCGCCCCAAGUACGCAAUUCUUGACGAAUGUACAUCUUCGGUAACACUGGAGAUGGAAAAAGUCAUGUAUGAGCACGUCAAGCGAUUGGGGAUCACCCUAAUGACAGUAUCUCACCGUAGAAGCCUCUGGAAAUACCACAACAUGGUCCUACAGUUCAAUGGGCAGGGGAGUUAUGUCUUUACUCAUCUCGAUGCGGAGCGGCGACUAAAGCUUGAAGACGAGAAAGAGGAGCUCGAAAUGCAUCUACGCCAGGUUCCAGAGAUCGAACGGCGCAUUGCAGAACUUACUGCAAGCUAG